AUGUCGAGCUCACAAGCUAAAUGGCGCGAGGAGCAGAUACUGAUUCUCUGCCCCGGCAGCAGGACAACCAUGGCGCAGCUGGGAUGUGCCGAACUGACCCCUCCGAUGCACCGUAUUCCCACGAGGAUGUUUAAAGACGGAGACGAGUGGCGGCCGUACUAUUCCUUUCAGCGCACAAAGGUUGUGAAUGGCGUCGAGCAGGAGGAGUGGGUGGAGGAUGUCGACGAGGACAAGGGCGCCACGUAUCCAAUUCAAGGGGGACGUAUCGUCCACAUGGAUGCCUUCCUCGCCUUCCUCGACCAUGUCCACAGCUUGCUCACGACGACCUACCACAACACUCCCAUCUUGCUAAUGGCUUCUCCUCAAUGGACUCGACCCGAUUGCGAAGCCAUCACUCAGUACAUAUUCGAGAAGACGCGGACGCCUGCGCUGUGCAUGAUUCACAGCGGCAUCGCGACGCAGUACGGUCUCAAGUGGCCAAACAUGACCGUGAUUGACAUUGGCUUCGAAAAGGUUGAUGUGACGGCAAUCCAUGACGGACGAGUCGUCAAUCACACCGAUGUGGGAUCAUCGCGUACCGACAGCCCCAUUAGCGGCGGCGAAGUCUUCACGCGACGAUUGAUGAAGCUGCUGAGAGACAAGAGCUUCACCCACGACAUGGCCGAGCAGCUGAAGAAAAGCGCAAUCUGCGAGGUCCUACCUUAUGCUGCUAACGAGUCGGGACUCGCGCAACUGCCCGAGGAUGCCGGGCCUGCUGGAGCACCGCCCGGUGCCUCGGCAUCCGCCGCGAUACCAGGAGCAGAUGCAAGCAAAGCUGAUACGAGCAAAGCUGCGGAGCCUGCCAGACCUUCUGCUGUCACUGGCGGCGGAGAUGACGGUGAAAACGAAGACUCGAACAACAACAGCAGCAGCAGCAGCAACAACAACAACAACCACCGCAACAACGACAACAACGACAACAACAACGACAACGACAACACCAACACCAACACCAACACCAACAACAACAACAACGGCGACGAUGAUGGUGUCCUGGAUGUCGCGGCCAUUGUCACGAGCGGCCAAACCAAGGAGUUCCUUGCCAAAAAGGAGAAGGAGAAGGGAAAGCCCGGCCGGAAACCAAAGGCUCAAGAUGCCGAUGCCGCGCCCGCCAAGCCAGCUCGACUCCCCAAUUCCAAGAGGAGGGUCAAUACCUUCUUUUAUGAGGAGGUGACCCAGGAGCUGGUGCCGCCCGAACCCAACCAGAACGGUACAAACGGCGCAACGGAGACACCAGGUGAUAAUCCCGCUCCAGAACAUCAGCCUCCCAGGCACGGUGAAUCCAUCCCUGGCCGUGCAGAUGGCGCCGCACCCAACCCCAGUGGCGGAGGAGCUGAAGCCAAACCGGAACAAGUCACCGGCGACGCCGCCUUGCCCGCGGCGCUUCCGGCGUCGGCAACUGGAGAGCCCAGGCCCGACGCGACUCAACCAGACCACGCCGUCUCCGACACGCCCGAGUACCGGCCCAAGCGUGUCCGUCGCGACAUCGAAGUCGGCCUCGAGCGAUUCACCUUUGCGGACCGCCACGAGAUUGACCGCAUCGUCACCGCCAUCUACCGCACAAUCCAGGGCAUCGACGACAUGUACAUGCGGCCCCAGUGCUGGGACAACCUCGUCUUUGUCGGCAACGGGUCCCGCCUCCGUGGCCUCCGAGAGAACAUCCUCCAAACCCUCCACGCUCGCCAUCUCAUCUCCCCCUCCACCGCCACCAUGUUCACCUCGGAGCUGCCCUCCAACAUGGCCACGCCCUCGGGCACCGGGUCCCAGACGCCCACGGGCUCCUUCACCGGCGUCCCACACCAGCUGUCCGCGAGCGGCGUGAACCCCCUCCUCCAAGCCGCCACCACGGCCAGCACUCUGGGCGUGGGCUCCGACGCCGCCGGCCCCGCGGCCCAUCACUUCCACAGCCAGACGCCCACGAGCAUCAAGACGGCCAAUCUGCCGGGAUACUUGACCGAGUGGACAAGGAACGGCUUCGAGGAGGCCAUGUUUCUCGGCGCCCAGGUCGCUGCGCGCAUCGCCUUCAGCCUGCACUCCAACAUGGAUGCCCAGAGCGUCGAGGCCCAGCGCCUGAUGAGCCUCAGCAGAGUCGACUACAACGAGCUCGGUCCCAAGGGUAUUCGUACGCACUCUAUGCUGAGCUAG